CUCCCACGCCCAGGUGUUUCUCAUAUGAGAGUCUGGAUCCUCAGCAGUACCUAACUUUCCUCUUCAGAGCGGGCUGUAGGGGAUACUGGGGAGCAGGAGAACCCCAUCAGGCUGCAGCCACUAUGCCUUGUUUCCGGACUUCACCCUCCUCCUUGUGCCUCCUCCUCCUCUUCCUCCUGGCUUCCAGCUCUGCCUCUGAAGAUGAUACUGUGGUGGUCACCAGGAGUGGUCCUAUUAGAGGCAAACGGCUCCCGGCUGGCUCUGGCUCUGUGACCGCCUACCUGGGCAUCCCCUAUGCUGAGCCCCCCAUAGGAAAACUGCGUUUCCAGAAGCCGGUUCCACAUCAGCCGUGGAGCCAGGUCUUGGAGGCCACCACCUUUGGCAACUCUUGCCUUCAGUUUAAUAACGAUUCCUUCCCAGAUCGAGCCAUAUGGACUCCAAACACACCACUUUCAGAGGACUGCCUCUUCCUGAACAUCUGGGUGCCCCAUCCACGGCCAGUCACAGCAGUGCCCAUCCUCCUAUGGAUCUAUGGUGGGGGUUUUAGCAUGAACACAGCCUCAGCAGAUGUCUUAAAUGGGGGCUUAUUAGCUGCUACAGAGAAUGUCAUUGUGGCCUCCAUGAAUUACCGUGGAGGAAUGUUAGGUUUCCUGUACUUGCCGCCAGAUGCCCCAGGAAAUGUUGCCUUGUGGGACCAACAUCUGGCUCUGAAGUGGGUGAGUGAGAAUGCAGCUGUCUUUGGUGGGGAUCCAGCUCGGUUGACUCUCCUUGGGCUCGGUUCUGGAGCAGUCUCAGUUGGUUUGCACCUGCUUUCACCGGCAAGCCAACCCCUUGUUGCCCGUGGGGUGCUUCAUAGUGGAGUUCCCAUUGCCCACCGGAUUUGGAGGAGUCCUGAAAAUGCCGAAAGAGAAUCAGCGAUGUUGAGUCAGUCCAUGGGGUGUCCUAAAACUAACCACAGUGCAAUGGUGAGCUGCCUGCAGGGGAAAGAAAUUGAGAGCAAGGCACUUUCUGAACUCUGUGGUAUCAGAUCAAUAACAAUGGAUGGGGAAUUUCUCACUGAUGAGCCCCGAAAGCUCCUGGAGAGCGGCAUUCAAGGCAAACCCAUUCUCACUGGUUUCACAGCUAAUGAAGACUCAUUCCUGGCAUAUCUUAGGCUUCCUAGUGCUGAAGUAAAUGAUGGGAUCCUGACCUGGGAGCAGCUCCUUGAAGGGGUGAGGGAAACUGUGAAAACUGAAGAUGUUGCCAGGGCUGUAGCCCUGAAGUACGCUGAAUACUUUCACGGGCCAGAGCGGUACCGUUUGGCCUUGAUUCUGUAUUUGGGAGAUUAUCCCUUUUUUUGCCCAGUGAUGGAGUUUGCUGCAAAGGCCAGAGAGGUUGGGAGCCCAGCUUAUGUUUAUUCCUUCAGCCACCGCAGUUCUGGCUUUCCUUGGCCAGAGUGGAUAGGGACCCCCCACGGAGCAGAGAUCCCGUACCUGUUUGGAAACUUGGCAGCAUCAUUGCGGACAAACCCAUCGGAGGCGGAGGUGGAAUUGAGCCGCCGAGUGAUGCGAUACUGGGCAGAGUUUGCCAGAAGCGGGAAUCCCACCGGUUCUGUGGCGAAUAAGGAACAGUGGCCUGUCUACAAUGCCACAGAGCAGAGCAUCUUCCACAUCACCACAGAAGCAGCCCAGCACAAAUGGAUGCCACUUGCACCACGCUGUGCUUUCCUGGAUACUCUUCUAGCAAAUGAAAUAGAAGCAAGGAAAUCUGAAGAAGGUUGUAUUUCACCCGUUCAGGGGAAAGAUGUGAAGAAUGAGGCCCGAGAUGGCGAAAACCAUGCCUCAGGAACAGUUUAGCUGGGCCAGACUCUGAGGGAUCUGCAGCCAUGUACAAAACAUACAGUAGCAUAGCUAUUCGUUGCAACAAACCUGAAUGAGGGAAGAAAUUACUGUGAUAUGAAUUGAAUAAAAAUGUAAACCAUCUCUAGGCAUUGGGUAUCUCCAGAAUACUUGGGUUUCUUCAAGAAGAAUGGGGAUCUGGAACAAUGCCAACCACACAUUCCCUAGGUAGGAUGGCCAGUGGGACAGGCCUGUGAAUUUUGGAUAGCCUUUUCGCACACUAAGUAUAUAUGGAUACUGACUGCUAGAGUGGCAGAAAAACUGAAGGGAAUAGUGUGAGGACAGCCUUGUUCUAAUAGAGGUUAGCUGGGCCACACCCUUUUGCCUCCAUCUCAUUUAUAGGAUUUUAAUGCUUUGACCACAAUUUAUUCCUAAUAAAGAUGCUUGAAAUGUUUGCUCAAUCUGCAUUUUUUUAAUUGAGCCAAUGUAAUUUGCAUAUCCUGGAAACGGAACAUAGGUAUCAUUUGGUUUUCAACAGCACACUAAAUACUAUGAUCCAGUUCUCAGUGCAAAAACAUAACAAAAUGCAUAUAAGAUAGAUAUGCUAAGUCAAAACAUGCAUAAAAUGCACAAAGCAUGUACAAAAUGCACAUUUUGUGGGAGGGAAACUGUUUCAAAUAUAAUACAAAUGUUCAUGCUCUUUUUAAAGUGCUUUUAUCACAUGUUGGGAUAGGACAAACUGAUGAAUAAAAGUUAAAUGAAGCACGCAAGACUUAUAAUGCAAAUGUUCGCGCUCUUUUUAAAGUGCUUUUAUCACAUGUUGGGAUAGGACAAACUGAUGAAUAAAAGUUAAA